AAAACUCGUUGAUAAUCCCCUUUUAUUCCCGCCAUAAUUGGAGAAGUGCGCCACAUAUGUCAAUCCUAUGUACUGUCGUCACGAGUAGUAGUACUGCUUUCGACAUGUUCAGGAAAUCCCAUUUCCACUUUGGCCUUCAUCAUAUACCACCAAGCAACCAUGGCGUACACUCUUGUGGUCGGCAACAAGAACUAUUCCACGUGGCCUCUUCGCGCGUGGGUUCUAUUGAAAGAGCUCAACGUUCCGUUCGAGGAGUACGUGGCACCUUUGAACGACCUGAGCCCAGGCAAGAACUUGCGCGACCCUUGGAUCAACAUCACCCCCACGCGCAAAUUCCCAUUGCUCAUUGUCAGCUCCAACGGGGCCACUGCAUUGACCGGAGAUCGAUUGAUUGUCUGGGAUAGCCUAGCGAUUGCUGAAACAGUGUACGAGUCGUAUCCUGCCGUGUGGCCGGCUGACUCUCGCGCGCGGGCAUUUGCUCGAUCUGCCACCGCGGAAAUGCACUCGGGCUUCAGUGCCCUUCGUGACACGUGCAACAACAACGUCGGGCUUCGCAUCAAGCUGCACUCCACGGACAACGCGUUUGCUGCGGACCUCGCUCGGUUGAGUGCGCUGAUCAAGCAAGGCCUGACUUCGUUUGCGGGUCCGUUCCUUGCUGGCCCAACGUUCACGGCCGCCGAUGCCAUGUAUUGCCCCGUGGCGUUUCGCUUCCAAACGUAUGGCAUCUCCGUGGCGGAUGCCGACGUGAACGCGUAUUUUGACCGGUUGCGCAACCUCACGUCGAUGCAGGAGUGGGAACAAGGAGCGUUGGCCGAACCCUAUCGCAUUCAAAAGUAUGAAGAUGAGGCGCGGCAAGUCGGCGUCGUCGUGAGCGACCUUCGCAAGGCAUAGAUAUGUAGCUAUGCACUUCGAAGGUGUACUACAGUUGUGUACGAGUACGCUUGCAACGUUAACACGUAGGUCCAGAU